CCUUUGGAAAGCAGGAGCGUGUCCCCGGGGCGCGUACAGAGCGCUGCCCCUCCAGUCACCGAGUGAGAAGCUGCUGCCAGCUCCUUCUCAACCCUCGUAUCAGAGGGCGGAGUUUCCACUUCCCAAAGGCUGAGAAAGAUACCGUGUUCGCCUCGCCGCCCCGUCUGACCGAGACCGCGGAAGGAAAAGGUGCUAAUCCCGUGAUGCGGACACGCCCUCUGGCGGCGCCUUAAAAGGCCUUGCGAGACGCAACAGGCAGCGACUGCCGGGCUCUUCCGACGGCUGGGGCGCUGGGCGAAGAUGCGGCGGCAGCAGGACGCAAGCCGGGCUGGGUGAUCGACGGAGACGAGGGGAGCGCGGGGAUUUCUGGCUCUCGCUGCGAGAGUGAGGCUGGUUGGAGGUGAAGCCGCCCAGCAGCCGUCGAGACCGGCACCCCGUCCCGCAAAAGGGGCGGCUUGUUUGCGAGAAGAGGCGCCAGGGGACUGAGGAACGGGAGCGAGGGGCUAAAAUUUCGGCGUGUAUGUAUGGAAGGAACAGACCCAAGGCAGGCUGAAAAGAGAAAGCUUGAGACCAUGUAUUCCUCCGUCAACUGUUCCGACCUGGAAUUAAAGUUGUCGAGCCUGGAGCUGUUGGGGAAGCCAGCCUACAAGGAUCUAUGCAACAGCAGCAACCAAGAAGAGGGUUACUUCGACCCCGAGGACCUGAACAUGACGGCAGAGCAGCUCCGAAUGAAGUACUUGGGGCCCCGUCGGUCAGGCUUCUUCAUCCCCAUUUGCACCAUGUACCUUCUGAUUUUUGUGGUUGGUGCAGUGGGUAAUGCCCUGACCUGCCUGGUCAUCAUCCAGCACCGUUUCAUGAGAACGCCCACCAACUAUUACCUUUUCAGUUUGGCCAUCUCUGACCUCUUGGUUCUCCUUCUGGGCAUGCCGCUGGAGAUCUACGAGAUGUGGAGCAACUACCCGUUCCUUCUGGGCACUGGCGGCUGCUGCUUCAAGACUCUGCUCUUUGAGGCUGUCUGUUUUGCUUCCAUCCUCAACGUGACGGCGCUCAGCGUGGAGCGGUACAUUGCCGUGGUCCAUCCACUCAAGGCUAAGUAUGUGGUGACCAAGAACCAUGCCAAGAGGGUCAUUGCCACGGUCUGGGUCUUGUCCAUCAUCUGUUCUAUCCCAAACACCAGCCUGCACGGUAUACAGACUCUCUAUGUGCCAGCCCGGGGCGUAGUCGCCGAUUCCGCCACCUGCACUCUGGUGAAGUCCCGCUGGAUGUACAACCUCAUCAUCCAAGUCACGACCAUCAUCUUCUUCUUCAUGCCCAUGGGGGUCAUCAGCAUCCUCUACCUUCUCAUCGGCUUGCAGCUGAGGAAGGAGAAGAUGCUGGAUGCUCUGGAGGCUAAGUCAGGGAGCAUCUGCGACUACCAUAACAUCCGCCUCCAGCAGAAGAAGGCCAGGAGGAGGCAGGUGACUAAUAUGCUGUUUGUGCUGGUGGUUGUCUUUGGGAUCUGCUGGGCUCCUUUCCACACAGACCGGUUGGUCUGGAGCUUCAUCACCCAAUGGACGGACCACAUGCUGCACAUGUUCCAGUAUGUCCAUGUCAUCUCAGGCGUCUUCUUCUACCUGAGCUCUGCCGCCAACCCCAUCCUCUACAACCUGAUGUCCACGCGCUUCCGCGAGAUGUUCAAAGAUGUGAUGUGCCACAGGCGCUUCCAGAAGCUGCGAUCCCGCAAGCAUUCGCCCAGCAGCACCCGCGUCACCAUGCGCAGCACAGUCUCCGAGCACAUCGCUGGGGGCAACGGACAGCCGCUGUCUGACUUGGAGGAGUACAAGAUGGAUCCCGAGAGGGAAAAUGUUGAGGAGUGUGAGGGCCCUUUCCUCUGACCGGCUGGCUGGACUCACAUAGGAGAGCAUAAGCUUUUUGCUUACGCUAUAAGUCACCAUGAACAUUGACGGCAUUGUAUAAAUCAUGCAUUGUAAGCACCAGUGGAGCCUGCAUUCAUUCCUGGUUGUCUCUGACACUCAGUGUAGGCUUUACCCUCAGGAGCUCACCAGUGCCCAACGGUGUUAUGAACUGAGGGUCAUAUGUUUUGUAAGAGGUACAAAUCGAUGCCUUUCUUGGCCUGUAAUUGUAAGAUAAAAAUGGGGGCAGGUGAAAGGGAGCCUCGUUCAUGGACUCCGUAGUUCUCUUGCACUUUUCAAAUGGCUAGUUCUGGUACCUUCUUCAAAAUGGCAGCUGUAGAAAGGGUCGAGCUUAAUACUGCUUUCAAACUCAUGAAUGACAAGGCACUUGGUGAGAGUUUCUAGAAAGUUCUGUGAAAAUAGGAAGUGUGGGAACACGUGGGAUCGAAUUCAGGGGAAGGGCUCUUCAUAUUUCAAGUCCCACACACUUGGUGUGGCUCUCAAAUUGUACCAGUUUUCUUAUUGGGGAUGCCAGCGGCUACUGGGUCCUGAAUUUGUACCACAUAUUGAAGCACAUCCUUGAACUUGA